GAGUUUCCUGUUCCGGGUCUCUUGACAGAAACGUAGCGUGAACGGCGCGGCUAAACAGAAAGUUUUUGAGGAAAGCUUGAACGUUUGAGCGUUUUAAGCAUCUAAAACUUGAUCGUCUCUGCCCGGGUUGUACAACAUACGCGGACUCGGGGGUUGAUUUUCAAAUUCAGGAGUGUUGGAGGAUGUCCCUGCCAAAGCGGGAGGUGGAGGAGUUGAGACCGUGGGUGGAGCGCACUGUGAAGAAGGUGCUGGGUUUCUCUGAGCCCACUGUGGUCACCGCAGCUUUACACUGCGUGGGGAAGGGGCUGGAUAAAAAGAAGACCACAGACCAACUGCGUCCGUUCCUGGAUGACUCCGCAGGCGGUUUUGUAGAACGUCUGUUUGAAGCUCUCGAGGAAAGCCGUCACAGCCGUGGCAGCAAAGGAUCGAGUGAAAAAAAUCGCAAGAGAGAACUAAAGACUAAGGAUGUCUUUGGAGAGGAGACUGACACAGGAGCACUGCUAGCAGCUCCAGAUACAGGAGACGGGACAACAGUGAAGAGGAAACGAGUCCCACGCUUUCAGGAGGUGGAAGAGCCUGAGGUUAUACCUGGACCUCCAUCUGAAAGCCCUGGCAUGCUCACCAAAAUGCAGAUCAAACAGAUGAUGGAAGCAGCCACUAAACAGAUAGAAGAAAGGAAGAAACAACUGAGCUUUUCAUCGCCAGUCUCGUCUGCAACAGCAGAUGUAUCCCGGCUUCUUGGUACUCCUGCUGGUGGAGCCUCGUCUAUCGCCCCCUCCCAGGCUGCCAGCUUUAUGAAUGACGCCAUAGAGAAAGCCCGCAAAGCAGCAGAGCUACAGGCCCGCAUCCAGUCCCAGUUAGCUAUGAAGCCUGGUAUCCUUGGCACUUUGGGGAACACGGGGCCUCCAAACCUGGUCGCCCUCGCUAAUCUGCACGCGAUGGGAAUUGCGCCACCGAAAGUUGAAGUAAAAGAGGUGAACAAACCAACGCCUCUGAUUCUGGAUGACAAGGGCAGAACUGUAGAUGCUACAGGCAAAGAGAUUGAACUCACACAUCGUAUGCCCACACUCAAAGCUAACAUACGAGCCGUAAAGAGGGAGCAGUUUCGCCAGCAGCUAAAGGAGAAGCCUGGGGAGGACAUAGAGUCUACGUCCUACUUUGACCAGCGUGUACCAAUAACGCCAGCUCAGCGAGCUCGCAGGGGAUUCAAAUUCCAUGAACCGGGCCGCUUUGAGAAGAUUGCUCAGAGAGUUAGAACCAAGGCCCAGCUGGAAAGGCUGCAGAAUGAGAUUGCCCAGGCUGCAAAGAAAACAGGAAUCCAAGCUUCCACCAAACUGGCUCUGAUUGCUCCGAAAAAAGAGAUGGGAGAAGGGGAUGUGCCUAGCAUUGAGUGGUGGGACUCCUUCAUAUUACCCACCAACAUGACCAUAAAUCCACACUCAAAAUUUGAAGAGUUUGACCUUUUCAGUGUAACAAACCUGGUAGAACAUCCUGCCCAGAUCAGUCCUCCAGUUGACACAGACAAGCCAGUAACAUUAGGUGUUUACCUAACAAAAAAAGAACAGAAGAAACUGAGAAGACAAACACGGAGAGAAGGGCAAAAAGAACUGCAGGAAAAGGUCCGUCUGGGACUGAUGCCUCCACCGGAACCAAAAGUACGCAUCUCCAACCUGAUGAGAGUUUUGGGGACGGAGGCUGUUCAGGAUCCCACAAAAGUAGAAGCACACGUGAGAGCGCAGAUGGCCAAGAGACAGAAAGCUCAUGAGGAGGCCAAUGCAGCUCGCAAGCUGACAGCAGAGCAGAGAAAAGAGAAGAAGGUGAAGAAGUUAAAAGAAGACCUCACUAAUGGAGUUCACGUUGCAGUAUACAGGAUCCGUAACCUGCAAAAUCCAGCAAAGAAAUUUAAAGUGGAGGCCAACGCAAACCAGCUGUACCUGACAGGAACAGUAGUUCUGCACAAAGAUGUCAAUAUAGUUGUGGUUGAGGGAGGCCCUAAAGCCCAGAAAAAGUUUAAGAGACUGAUGAUGCACAGAGUCAAAUGGGAGGAACACAACAGUAAAAGAGAUGAUCCAGACGGUGACGAUGAUACGAGGAGAAACAACAAAUGUUGGCUGAUUUGGGAGGGAACGGCUAAAGAACGGAGUUUCGGGGAGAUGAAGUUCAAGCAGUGCCCCACUGAGAACAUGGCUCGAGAGCACUUCAAGAAGCAUGGCACAGAACACUACUGGGACUUGGCGCUUAGUCAGAGUGUGUUGGAAGGCACAGAUGACUGAAACAAACCGGUGGAGUGCUUUGAGUCAGUCAGACUUUAACCAUCAUCAAGCCUGCAGGUCCCCUGCCUCACAGCCGGCCAGCAGCCCCCCUCUGCUGGCGACUGGAGUUGAGACUUGAACAUAGAAAAGGAGCGACAACAAACCUGUGCGGGUGUUUUUUGUGAGAAUGGUACAGAUUCAGGUGUGUACAGAGAAGUGUGUGUAAAAAAAAAAAAAAAAAAAAUGCAUCAGUGUUUAUUUCUUUGGUAAAAUAGGCUUUUUUUCUGUCUGAUUUUUAUUUUUUUGUAGACAAAUUGCGCAUUUUGAUGUAAUACCUAUCCAAAGGCAUAAUGUGGUGAUGAGAUUUGGUUGUUAUGACUGAUAAUUGUUAUCAAAUCAAGAUGUCCACUUGUGUUUUGCGCUAACUCAUAAAAAAUACAGGAGGAAAGCUUUUCCAAUCCUUUCCCUGACAGACAGGUUUCUAAAUGCGUUUAUGCAAUUUUCUUUUGAAAAAAUGCAUUUUUUGACUCUGUUGUAGCUACACUGCGGUUUCCGCCUUAAAUAAACGAAAUGAAACUA